GGGCCCGCGGGACAACGGCAGCUUGUUGGGGCCGCGAGGGGCCUCCACCUCCGGAGGUGGGGGGGGGCGCUCCCCCCACCCUGGCACCGUCAGGCGCGGGCGGGGCGGGGGCGGAGAGAGCCCCCAGCCGCGGGCUCAGAGACUCGGAACCCAGCUCCAGCUCUGCCCGGCCCUCCCUGCGGGCCCUGGGGCGAAACGCCUAGCUCCUUCGGCCUCGGUUUUCUAGCGGAAACGUGAUGGGGGCUGGACUUUGAUCUUCAGAUUCUGUUUGAGACGAGAAAAAAUCAAAAUUACAAGGGGCAUGGACUGCCAAAGGGAAGAGAGCGAGAGCAGAGAGCAUCAAUCCGGUUCAAGACCACUCUUAUGAAUACCCUCAUGGAUGUCCUUCACCACAGGCCAGGAUGGGUGGAAGUAAAGGAUGAAGGGGAGUGGGAUUUCUACUGGUGCGAUGUCAGCUGGCUCCGGGAGAAUUUCGACCACACCUACAUGGAUGAGCACGUGCGGAUCAGUCACUUCCGAAACCACUACGAGCUGACCCGCAAGAACUACAUGGUGAAGAACCUGAAGCGCUUCCGGAAACAGCUGGAGCGCGAGGCGGGAAAGCUGGAGGCAGCCAAGUGCGACUUCUUCCCCAAAACCUUUGAGAUGCCCUGCGAGUACCAUCUGUUUGUGGAGGAGUUUCGCAAAAACCCAGGAAUCACCUGGAUCAUGAAGCCUGUAGCCCGGUCGCAGGGGAAGGGCAUCUUCCUCUUCCGGAGGCUGAAGGACAUCAUGGACUGGAAGAAGGACACAAGAAGUUCUGAUGACCAGAAAGAUGAUAUUCCCGUGGAGAACUAUGUAGCUCAGCAUUACAUCGAAAAUCCCUACCUGAUAGGAGGCCGCAAGUUUGACCUGCGUGUCUACGUGCUGGUGAUGUCGUACAUGCCGCUGCGAGCCUGGCUGUACCGGGACGGCUUCGCCCGAUUCUCCAACACCCGCUUCACGCUGAACAGCAUCGAUGACCAGUAUGUUCACCUCACCAAUGUCGCCGUGCAAAAGACGUCUCCCGACUACCACCCAAAGGGCUGCAAGUGGAUGCUGCAGCGCUUCCGGCAGUAUCUGGCAUCCAAGCAUGGGCCCAAGGCAGUGGAGACGCUCUUCAGUGACAUGGACAACAUCUUCAUCAGAAGCCUGCAGAGCGUGCAGAAGGCGAUCAUCAGCGACAAGCACUGCUUCGAGCUGUACGGCUACGACAUCCUCAUAGACCAGGACCUCAAGCCGUGGCUCCUGGAGGUCAAUGCAUCCCCAUCACUGACAGCCAGCAGCCAGGAGGACUAUGAGCUCAAGACCUGCCUCCUGGAAGACACCCUGCACAUCGUGGACAUGGAGGCCAGACUCACGGGAAGGGAGAAGCGAGUGGGAGGCUUCGACCUCAUGUGGAACGAUGGCCCUGUCAGCAGAGAAGACGGGGCUCAUGACCUGUCAGGGCUGGGGAACUUUGUGACCAACACGCACCUUGGCUGCGUCAAUGAUCGGAAAAAACAGCUGAGGCAGCUGUUCCGCUCCCUUCAAGGCCAGAAGAAAACUCCCAACUAAUCCCCAGCACAGAGGAGAGCGACCAGGGGAGGUGCCACACCAGUUCUCUCCCUGCUCCCAGUUUCCAGCACAGCAGCACCUCAGAGAACUCA